UCGCAUGGGGUGUGCGGGCGCCCAGGAGCCGCGAGCUGCGUGUUGGGGGAAGCCCUUGCUGGUGCAGAGACCUGGGUGCACGCCGCUGCCCUUCCACAGGAAGCAGGAGCCGGGCAUCGCCGGAGGGGCCGACAGGGCUCCCUUUGGCAGCGCAGCGCCGGGGCAAGCUGCGGGGGGAACGAGGAACGCAGGCAGUGUAAGAUCAGCUUCUUUGCUCCGCCGAAAGCAGCGCUUCCCUGUGGGUGUUUGUCGCGCUGCCUCGCUCCCCGCAGCCUCCAGGGCCGAGCGCUCUGGGUUUCGUGGCCCACGUUGCACCCUAGCCGGCUCGAGGGAGGGUUGGGGCUACGCUCACACCCCACGGACGGGCACGUUCAUGCGGUGAAAUGUCUGUAAGUAGUGAAUGAAACAUGGUUCUGAAAAACUAGUUUCUUCUCAUGCAAGUAUUUGGCCUGUAGUGUAACACUAUUAAUUUCAAAGGAUAGUGAUUGGUGGGCGGUGUGGAGGUGAAACAUUGAACUUGUUCGACAUGUAAUUUGCUGUUGCCCUCGCAGGCAUGGCCAGCAUGUUGCAAGUGGACUGUAUGGGAAAAUGCUUUUCUUGUUAAGAUCCUUAUAAUAUUGUUCCAUUGUCGUAAAUAAUGUAAAUGCCAUAGAAAAUUUGUCGAGUUUCUUUUUCGAAUUGAGAUCAGAGUGAAUAUUGAAGGGACGCGAUGGGAUGCUUAAGUAUUGGAGGCAGAGGGCGUGUGUAAGGAGCAUUAAGUGAACUGAAGUUACUGUAACUAGGCACACUUUUGAUGUUGACGAUAAUAGCCUUUUCCAGGGUCUUCUUUGUAGUCACACGUUAAGUAUACGUGUGCAUUUUCUCAGCCACUUACUUGGCAUGCAAAUAUUAUUUCUCUGGGGGCUUAAAAAAUGCCAGAGGAUGAUUCAUUUUUUUAGUGACUGCGUAAAUGGUCUCUGCUGAUGUUUUGAUGUUUGCACGAUUUGAAAGCAAGUCGUUUUCCAUGGGUCUCUAAGUUUACCUUUUAUUUUAAUCAAACAUCACUGCAAGAAUGUUAGAUUUCAAUUGUGGCACGGUUUCUGUCUGGAUGGUAUCCAAGAUGACAGGCUAGGUCCUUCCUUCUGGCUUUAUGUGCCAAUCUGGAAAAUGCAGAGAGAUGCAGAUAGUUCCUAUUCCUAUUCCUAAAGUCUUCUAAACAAACAUUUUCUUAAGGGUAGGUCUGGUUGUGAAUGCUGCUUUCUUCUGCCCCAAGUCAAAUGUGUCCUGGGCGGCAGGGUGAUGCUAGCUCAAUGCGCAAGCACUUUGGUACUUGCGCACCUGGUUGCAGCAGAGCCCCAUUCUUCCAACAGAGCUACAUUUACUAUUAGCCUAACAGGAUGCAGCUUUUGAGGUUGCUUGGAAACACCAAACUUGCAUAGCUACUCAUUUCAAGGUUUUGUUAAGUUUCUGUGUUGGGCAUUGGAGUAUUUAUACAGUCUUUUGAGGUUUAGCUUUUAAACCUUUCUCAAAGAACAUACUACUGGAUGCAUUAAUGAAAAUGACAGCUACAGUGAUGGAACAUGAGGGAUGCUAAUACACGUCUUAACUCUUUGGAAGCCUGGUACAUUCACUUCGGUUUGUACAGGUCAUUCACUGGAAUAUUGAUCAUGGAUUGAAAUGAACUUGGCAGUGGAGGCUUAGUUUGAGAUGGGGACCAUGUUUGAUUCCUAACCAUUUUUCAUAUCCCAAGUCACUGUGGAGAGACUCAAGCAUACCGGGGUGCUUUGUAAAGCUUUCCAAAUGCCAGAGCUGGAGGACUUUCUUGUUUGCCUUCUUGCAGUAAGCUGUGUUUACUCAUAAUGAGAAGUUACAUUCUAAAAAUUAAAGUAAACAAGCUGUAUCACCUAAUGUUAUGUGGCAGUGUGUCAGAGCCAUGUAAAGCACUCACCUUUGUUAUUUUCUGUGUCUGCCAAGGCUGAUCAAGAGAAGUGCAGUUUGGUAUCUUAGCGCAAGAAUUUGUGGUUAAUCACUCAGUUGUGUUUAUUAACAUGUCUAGAAUAUAAAUCAAAUAAUACAUAUCCGGAUGCUAAAGGAAACACUGAGGCCAUCAGUUUCAGCUCCGUUAUGAGGACUGGCUGUUCUGGGAUUGGAACAGAUACUGUAUCCAUGUAGUUUCCACUUCUGGGAUAAACAACUUACUUGACAGGCUGGCUUUUGAGGGCUUUAUUCCUUUGGAGUAACAGAGGGGUAGUGUAAAAAGGACCUGAGGUUCAGUUUUUGAAGAUAAACGAUAGGGAAAGGUAAGGGUGACAUUUCCUGUAUUUUUACCUUGUAGUUUCUUUACCGAAGAAAAUAAAAAAAUAGCACUAGAUUUUGGUAUAAUUUCAUUUUAUUUAUUGAAGAAAGCAUUUUAGUCAGAAAAUUCUGGGGUGGCCCUAAUUUAACAAAUGUAGUAGGCCAAGUAUAUUAUGCAUACACGUGUAUAUAUACAUAUGUGUGUAUGCGUAUAUAUUUUUUAACUUUAGUAAAGCAGUGUUUGAGCUUUGAACUCCUCAUACGCAGGUACCAGCAUUUGCAGAUAUACGAGAACAGUCCAGGCAGUGGACCAUUUAAGCAAAAGAGAGGGGUGGAUAGCUCCUUUGUUCUUGCAACUGGUUUUCGAAGAAUUGAAAUAAAGCAGGAAGAACAGAGAAACGGCAUCCAUUAGUAUGCUACUCAAAACAUUCUUGCUUUUUUUUGUGUGCCCACAGCCUCGUUUUAGAAGCUGUCCAGAGCAAGAAAGAGUGGUGGUGAUUGGGCCACCAUCCAUCCUGUGGUUAUCACUAAAGCCUGCUGACCAAUAUAUGGAGUGGAAACAAAAUGUCAGUCAGUGUGCAUGAGAACCGCAAGUCCAGGGCCAGCACUGGCUCCAUCAACAUCUACCUGUUUCACAAGUCCUCCUAUGCUGACAGUGUUCUCACGCACUUGAACCUUCUGCGCCAACAGCGCCUCUUCACCGAUGUCCUUCUCCAUGCCGGAAACCGGACCUUCCCCUGCCACCGGGCCGUGCUGGCUGCGUGCAGCCGCUAUUUUGAAGCCAUGUUCAGUGGUGGCCUGAAGGAGAGCCAGGACAACGAAGUCAACUUCGACAACUCCAUCCAUCCAGAAGUCUUGGAGCUGCUGCUUGACUACGCGUACUCCUCCCGGGUCAUCAUCAAUGAAGAAAACGCAGAAUCGCUCCUAGAAGCCGGUGACAUGCUGGAGUUUCAAGACAUACGGGAUGCGUGCGCGGAGUUCCUGGAGAAGAACCUCCAUCCCACCAACUGCCUGGGGAUGCUGCUGCUGUCUGACGCCCACCAGUGCACCAAGCUGUACGAACUCGCCUGGAGGAUGUGUCUCAGCAACUUCCAAACCAUCAGAAAAAACGAAGAUUUCCUCCAGCUGCCCCAGGACAUGGUGGUGCAGCUCUUGUCCAGCGAAGAGCUGGAGACCGAAGAUGAAAGGCUUGUGUAUGAGUCUGCAAUUAACUGGAUCAGCUAUGACCUGAAGAAGCGCUACUGCUACCUCCCGGAACUGCUGCAGACAGUGAGGCUGGCUCUCCUGCCUGCCAUCUAUCUCAUGGAGAAUGUAGCCAUGGAGGAACUCAUCACCAAGCAGAGAAAGAGCAAGGAGAUUGUGGAAGAGGCCAUCAGGUGCAAAUUGAAAAUCCUGCAGAAUGACGGGGUGGUGACCAGCCUGUGCGCCCGCCCUCGGAAAACCGGCCAUGCCCUCUUCCUGCUGGGUGGACAGACUUUCAUGUGUGACAAACUGUACCUGGUAGACCAGAAGGCCAAAGAAAUCAUCCCCAAGGCCGACAUCCCCAGCCCAAGAAAAGAGUUUAGUGCAUGUGCAAUUGGCUGCAAAGUAUACAUUACUGGAGGGCGGGGAUCAGAAAAUGGCGUCUCAAAAGAUGUCUGGGUUUAUGAUACCCUGCAUGAGGAGUGGUCCAAAGCUGCCCCCAUGCUGGUGGCCAGGUUUGGCCACGGCUCUGCUGAACUUAAGCACUGCCUGUAUGUGGUUGGGGGGCACACGGCCGCAACUGGCUGCCUCCCAGCCUCCCCCUCAGUCUCUCUAAAGCAAGUAGAACAGUAUGACCCCACAACCAACAAAUGGACCAUGGUGGCCCCACUCCGAGAAGGCGUUAGCAAUGCCGCGGUAGUGAGUGCCAAACUCAAGUUGUUUGCUUUUGGAGGUACCAGCGUCAGUCAUGACAAGCUCCCCAAGGUUCAGUGUUAUGAUCAGUGUGAAAACAGGUGGACGGUACCAGCCACCUGCCCCCAGCCCUGGCGUUACACAGCAGCAGCCGUGCUGGGUAACCAGAUUUUUAUUAUGGGGGGAGAUACAGAGUUCUCCGCCUGCUCUGCUUACAAAUUCAACAGUGAGACUUACCAGUGGACCAAGGUAGGAGACGUGACAGCAAAGCGCAUGAGCUGCCAUGCUGUGGCCUCUGGAAACAAGCUCUACGUGGUUGGAGGCUACUUUGGCAUUCAACGAUGCAAAACAUUGGACUGCUAUGACCCAACCUUAGAUGUGUGGAACAGCAUAACCACGGUCCCAUACUCGCUGAUUCCUACUGCAUUUGUCAGCACCUGGAAACAUCUGCCAUCUUAAGUGCAGUGCAUCUUAAAUAGUAUGAGCUCACUAUCACUUGGUAAGACAAUAUGAGAUUUCUACUUUGGAGAAGCCAAAUUUAACAAAAAGAAAGAAAAGAAAAAGGAGAAGAAGUUGCGACGAGAUGAAUAAAAUCCGCUGCACCUUGUAAAUGCUCUAACUGGAUAUGAAGGAAGAGGGGCGGGGGAGGGGUGGGAUGUUCAGUGCAAGUCGCACAUGGUUUAAAUAUGAAUGAACAAACCUGUGAUCUAGUGCUUGUCUUGUAAUUGUGGAUUAAUGUCAGCGUUAAUCAGCCCCUCAAAGAGAGAGAAAAGCCAGAUCUUUUCCCUUGCUGUACCAUAUUCAGCAUUUGAUUUCCAUGGGUUCCACCAUUUAUGUGUAAAAUUUGAAAUGGUUGUCACCUCUCUCAGCGGAGUGAGCUUGAAGCCUCUCCACCAGCUGCCGCUGGAGGCUGGUCAGAUUCAAAGCCCAACUGUGGAGUGAGGAGAGAAGCUGGCUGGAGAAUGAGGACCGCAUGGACUCCACCUUCAUCUAUAAGGGGUUGUGCUCCCCAGGAAGGUUCCUGAACAAUGGGGGGAUUGUUGGUAGAUGUUCUUUAUUAUUUAUAAGUGACUUUAAACUUUAUCUUGGCUGGUAGGAAACUUGUUAUAAAUUUAGCUAUUUAUUGUUUGAUGCCUGCAUGCUGAAACAAUGCUAUAGUUGUCUUCACGUGUGUGGACAUGUGUGAAUGGUUGUAUGUUUUGCACAUUUUGUGGCGGUCGGGGUGUGCUUAGCUGCACAGAAAUGAAAAGUUUUCAUGUUACAAUUUAGAGUAUAACUGGAGGGUGGGCUCGGGGUGGGUGGGUUUUUUUUUUAAAUGUUAAGACAGGAAAGGGUUAGACAAAUUUGAAUUGCAUCCUAAAGGCAGAGGAACUGUGAUUAGUUUUCUUAGACUUACCAACUUUGAAUGGGGUGUCAUGGGGUCUGCUUAUGCUGAUGGCUGGCGGGGUGAGAGGAGACUUCCUUCUGCCCAUCUCCCUCCUGUCUGGUUCACCUCAUUCGGUCUCAGCUACUGAAAUUUGGAAAGGACCAAACUGCUUUACCGUUUUUGUUUGUUUUUGUAGCAAUAUCCUGAAAUCCUGGAAAUUUUUAUCAAGUAGCUCUGUAUAUAGGGCACAGGCAGGGGCACUGUCCAAAGUUUAUUUAUUUAUUUAUUACAGUAUGAGAAUGCUUCGCCAUAACCACUGUUAAAGGGGAAAAACUGAAAUAUCACAGAUGCAAAUUAAUUCAUUGACCAGAUUUGCUUGGCCUGGACUCACUAUUCUGUAUUCUUACCAUACCAUUCAGCGAGUGUUAGAAGCUUACCAAGACGAUAUUCACAUUGGUACAAUGUCUACAUAGUGCUCUCCUUUAGGUAAGUCUCAAAGAACACUUUGGUGCAUGUAAGUGGCACAUUUGGCCACAAGACACCAAAGAAUUGUAGGCAGUUGCCCCCACUGAGAGGUUUUCCGAUCUAGUUGGGAGUUAGUUGUGAAUAUGUUCUUUGCUAGUUUGAGUGCUUGUUUACUAAACACGUGCCGUGAUAGGUAUUAGUGCUAGACUCAAAAAGUGCUUCCCCAAAGGUGUCUGGGGAAGACCAAAGUUUGCAACUCGCACUGCUUUUGUCGAUGUUUCUCACAUUACUGUAUUUUUAGAAAAUAGGCUUUAAGGCUGAUAACCUUUUAUAUCGUGAGUGUGUUUGCAUUGUCUAAUGACAGAUAAAUCCUUAACAUUUCUUUCCACCUGAAUACUUUAGACUAAUUGUACAUGAAUAACACUCUCUGUCCAUGCCAUGAAUAAGUGGGUUAUACUUGGACCAAAAUAAAUGAGCCGUUGGAAUAAAAGAAUCCCAAUACUUUCCAACAGUCAGUCUCUCAUUCCUGGAUAUGUUCUAAGCAAUGCAAAUAUCUCAUUGUCCUGGUGGCAUAGUCAGUGUCUUUAUAUUGUAGCAGUUACAGCUCUGUAGUUUAUGAUGCAAAUCAGCAGAGAUGUGUGUGUCACUGCAUGGCUUCUGAAAGCAGGAUGAAUUUUCUGCAGCUGGUUCAGAGUUGUGGUCUGUCCUUGAAUGGUCUAUUAAUUACUGUGUGUGAGCCAGAGGGAGCCGCGCUAAGGGUGGGCCCCCAGCCCGCAGGGAACUUUCUGGACUCUGGCUCUUUGAAUUGAUGUAGGCAUUUGGGCUCACUACUUGACCAUUCUCACCCUGUGAAACGUCCCACACUUUGAAGCAAAUACAAUUCACAGCACAGUGCACACAAAAACCUUGGCAUAAGACAGAGAAGGUUCUUCUCAUUUUGUGGGCUGGUUGCUGUAGAAACGGAUAACAAAGGGCAGCCUUCCACUUCUGGUAUAAUUGUGUAGCCCCUUUUCUCUGGGCUUGACACCUGUCUGAAUAAGAGUGAUUAGAGCUGAAUUAAUAUCCCUUCCUUGGCUAUUGAAUAUGUGGUCCAUGUACAAAACUGUGUAAGUGGAAGAAGUAAAAUGUUCGUGUUCAUAUGUACUUGCUUGCUACGACUACGCUUUUGAAGUUUUGUAAAACUUUUUUUUUUCACAAUGUGAAACUGAAGGUCAAUAAAUUAUUAGAGAUUUUCUCUUCAUUGUGUGUGGUUCUUCAUUUGAAUACGACAAUUUUAGGCAUCGAGAACAGUCUUUCUAUUUAAUUGAAGGAUAUUUCAAAUAUUGUCUGAAUGCGUUUUCACCAUUUAGCUACAUACACUGAUUAAUUUUACAAGUUAAAUAAUCAAAUUUUUUCGACCUUUUAGGAUAUUUUUUUAAGCAAGGGAAAAUACCUCAUUUAUGGGUUAUUCAUAGAAUUUCAUGGAGGCUCCAGUUUCUUAAAAUUCCUCAUAAUUAUCUUUCAAUGAAGAAUUCAUAAACUAUAAAAGCCACAUAGCAUGUGGUCCUCAGACAACAUAUGUUAUAUUAGAAGGAAUUUAAUUUUCGUAUUACUAAUGUGGCUUAUGUUUUGACAAAAGGUGUUAGAAUUGGGGCUGGAAUUCAGUCUUUUUUCAUCUGCUGACUUGAAAAAUCAUUUAAAGUCAGAAUAUAUGCAUAUUAUUUCCAUGUUAUGGCAUGGGAAACCACGAGUUUAACCCCUCAGGUACACUUAGCUUCUUCCAAUUUGUACGCUGACUUAAGCGGGCUCAGUAUGAGGCCAAAUGAAACCUCCCGAACCCACCUUGUGAUUGCCUCGUGUCUUGAUGAGAUGCGCCUUCAUCACUUGCGAAGGACCCCUCAUUGUUUUAGCGUGCAGUGCAAUGUUGGGCAUAAUCUUUUUUUUGGAUAGCAAAUGAAUACUACCUAAUUGGAACUCUAGGAGAGCUCACAAAUAGCAGAAUGCAAUUAUGGCCUUUGGACUUUGACCAAGAUGCCAGAGCAGAUGCCUCAGUUUUUACAGAAGGAUCAUUCCAUUCCAUGCUGGGCGAGGCUGGUCUGGAGCCAAGCCUUUCAGAACAAGUGUCUGAGUCCUCAGAUUGCCAGUGCACAAUGUUGAUGACCCAUAGAAAUCUUGUUGACAACACCACAUGUAUGAUAGGGUGGAAAGGAAAGUUAGCAGUUAGGAGCCAACAGAGGGCUUGAAUGCUUAGAAACUAAGUUUUGAUGUUAAUCCUCAGAAGGGUUGAGAAUAUUUUAUAUAGAGAUGAUUGUGAACAGGUCUCAUCCUUACCAUCUAAGGAUAUAUAGACAGAUUAGCAUAAAGGAAAACCCAAACCCAUUGCCAUCGAGGUGAUUUUAACUCAUAGCGACACUAUAGGACAGAGUAGAAGUGCCCCAUAGGGUUUCCAAGGCUGUAAUCUUUACAGAAGCAGACCACCACAUCUUUCUCCCUCAGAGCGACUGGUAGGUUUGAACUGCUUACCUUCUGGUUAGCAGCUGAGCACUUAACCAGUACACCACCACAGUUCCUUAGCAUAAAGAAGAUAUUUUAAAUUCUGAAUUUUCAUUGAGAGAAUAGUAGGAUCAUCCAAAAUGGUGGUUGCCUUCAGCUGCAUGUAAUAGAAAUCUGACCACAGUGGCUUCAUUGAGGAAAUGUCUGGAGACCAGCAGCCCAGGACUGGCACAGCACCCUACAAGGCCAUCAGUGGUCCAGGGCUCUUCUGACUUCCUAGCUUUGCCAUCCUGGGAAUGGGCCUCUGUUCCUCAUGCUUGCAAGAUGGCAGCCGUAUCUCCAGGCAUCACAUCUACUUUCCAGAGAGCAAGGAUGAAGACAGGCAAAAGGGAAAAGGCAUAUGCC